AUGGCAGAACCUACGAGAUCUGCGGGAAGGGAGCCUGCAAAACUCAUCCGUGGCCCAAAACCAAAGGAGAAGUUGCAAGGGAGCAGCAUGUUGCAGAGCGACAAGGCUGGUAGAAGCAUGCAGAGCUUGCGAAAUGGAGGCAAAACUGAUCGACCGGCGCUGCAAACCUUUCCUUUCACGGCGCCUGAAGAUUCUGCCUUGAAUGUUCCGGGAUAUCUAUACGUUCUCAGCGAGGGCAAAGUAGAGAAGAUCUGUCUUUUCGGCCUGAACUCGUCACCUUGCUCAGAUUUGGAAGGCUCGAUCGUUGUGGCCGAUCCUCCAGCAGCGGAUGUGAGGCUACGGAACAGGAUGAAAGUGAGCAGCAACAUCUGCGUUAUCCUCAACAGUGAUGGUUCAGAAGGCUCAACGUAUGUCGGCGAUCAGGUCAAGAAUGGAAUCAGUGCGGGCGCAUCUGCAAUCGUCCUGGUCUCCUGGAAUGAGAAAUUUCUUUUUGCAUCUUCCUUGCCGGAAUACGACGUUCCUGUUGUGACAGUGUCAGUGGAUGAGAAUAUCGCCUCAAUGCUUCAUGAUGACUUACAAGAUAAGAUGGAACGAGUUCAAGCUGUUCUCAACAAAUCAGCGAAUGCUCUUGCAACAGCCGAGUACACCCUUCAACGAUCUGUACUGGAGCUACGUGACAGAGCAGAGGCAGCAGAGGCGAAGUCAUCCUUUCUCGAACAGGCAAUCCAUGGCUUGUCGGGUGGGUAUGAGCUCACGCUACAAAAUCGAAUCAAGAAAGAAAUACAACGAGCUCAAGUGUUGGAGAAGAAGUUGAAGGAUCAGGAGACUUUGUUUGACGAGGCUAUCGAGAAGGAGAGAGACAAAGUCAGAAACCUCACGCGAGAUUUGUCAUCGCAAAGAUUUGAAACCAUGGAGUUCAAAAAACCUUGGAUGUUGACAACUACGGUACGAAGCGCCAACACAACAAAGAGCGAUUUCGGACUCGAGUCAGGCACGCUGGAAGGCAUCGCAGUUUCUUCGCUUGGUGAUACAAUUGAGCAAUCUACGCUCCCAGCUGGAAGCCCAACUCAGUUUUAA